CUGUAGAUGCAAUGUGUUUUCCAAGCGCAUCACGAGAAAUAUCUGCUUCAUAGCUGACAAAAUGAUUUUUAAAAUAAGUUAAUAUCUGAAAAGCAUCAUGAGUGGUGCGUGCAGGGAGGUGGUGACUCUCCAGCUGGGGCAUUAUUCCAACUUUAUCGGGACGCAUUGGUGGAAUUUGCAGGAUGCGGGUCUGGUGUAUGAUGCGGAUGUGCCGGCCGGCGAGCUGCAGAGUGACGUGUUGUUCAGAGAAGGGCUGACUCUGGCAGGGCACGUCACAUACACACCUCGCCUCAUCGCCAUCGACCUCAAAGGAAGUCUUCAGACGCUGAGGAAGGAAGGCAGUCUUUAUGACACCGAGAAUGAAAACAGCGCCUUUACAUGGGAUGGACAGAUUAUGACACAUCAGGAAAGUCCUCCCAGUAAAAACUCUUUCCUGCAGGAGCUGGAUAAUCUGGAUACAGGAGGUGUACUAGCAGAGUCAGAUUUCAAUCAUCUUACGUCCUCGGUGGACAACUGCUCAGUACCCGGAGCCAGUGUUGCCGUGGAGACAAUAAACAGCAGUCUGGAGCGAAUACAGAAAUCCUAUAGGCUGGAGGGAAGCGUGAGGGUGUGGUCAGAUUUCCUGAGGCUCCACCUACAUCCUCGCACCAUUUCUGUCAUUAACCAGUACAACCAUGACGGUGAGUCUGAGCGUCUGGAAGUGUUCGGCCAGGGGGAGGCGCUGUUACAGGGUCAGGUGUUGGAGGAUCUGGAGGACCGGCUGCAUUUCUUCAUUGAGGAGUGUGACUAUCUGCAGGGGUUUCAGGUGUUGUGUGACCUCACAGACGGCUUUUCAGGAUUGGGGUCAAAGGUUACAGAGUAUCUGCAGGACUCUUAUGGGGGGCGUGGCAUCCUGACGUGGGGCGUGGCUCCUGUCAAUCACCCGGACACGAGCUCUAUGAAGGACCUGUACCACAUGAUGAACUGUGCGUUAGGGACACUUCAGAUGGCCAAUCACAGCUCACUAUUCUGCCCUUUGACCCUGAGGGGCGGGUUAUGCCGACGCCCACCUCCACCUACUGCCUUCCCGCUGCUCAACUGUGACCCGCUGCUGUGGUAUCACUCCAGCUCAGUUCUGGCUCUUGCUUUAGAUGCGCUGACGGUUUCCUACAGAAUGAGACACUGCAGCGCCACCAUGUGGCAGCUCUCAGACGCGCUCACCACCUCCGGGAGGAAGGUGGUUUCAGCGUAUGGCUCUGUGCCGUUUCCCAUGAUGCUCGGCGGCUGUUUGCCGGACGCUCUGGAUGCGUUUUCUAAUGCCGUGCCAUGGAGAUCCCUCUCUGCCUGUCCUGAGAUCAGUGACAGACGCUUCUGCUUCAGCCAAUCAGUGACUCUGAAGGGUGUGGAUGAGCAGAGUUUAGUCAGUCGUUUACUCCCCGGGAUGGAGGCGCCCAGUCCUCUGCACUAUGAGCGUUCAGGAGAGGAUGUUCUGUCUGCAUACGUCAGGUCACAUUACCCAUCAUCCCCACUGGCGGUUCAGCUGGUCUCCAGUGGCAGUAAAGUGACUCCUCCAUUCCCGCAGAUCUUCAGUCCGUCUCUCAGUGCUCAGGGUUUCCUCCAGAGCCACAGCACUCCUGCGUCCCCGUCCUGUCCGCCUGUGUCAUGUCUUCCUGUGCUGACGUCUCUCCAGAGCAGUCCUGCCGUGGGUCUCCAGUUGUCGGAGCUGCAGAGAGCCUGUGCAUCGCUGGACCUGCGGCGCGUGGCCCCCAGUUUCCUCACGCACGGCCCCGAACAUGCAGAAAUCAGCGAAUACCUGGAGCAGCUCCGCAACCUAGCGCACUGCUACCGACAGAGCCACAGCCGCUCUUCAUCAGAGGAGGAUGAUGAUGAUUAGAGCUCAUCUGUACUGAGUUCAAUCAUUGAGCUGCAUUCUAGGCAUGCUGGGAGGAAUUAUGGGAAAUGAAGUCCCUGACAUGCUGUUCAUAAAGCAGCUGGAGCAUUCUGAGAAGACUGAGAGGAUGAUUCCUGCAGAUCUUUCAUAAUGCUUCUUAAAAUGAGCUGAAUCAACACAAUUCUUGAGUGUUUCAUGUUCAAUACACUUAAAUUUGUUGAUUGAUUGAAUUGUGUGGAGCCCAGCGUUUAUACGGUGUGGCGAUAACGCAUGUAAACCUGCUUGUCUAGAGAUAAACAGGAAUUUUGUUCUUAAAGGGACAGUUCACUGAAAAAAAUAUGGGUUACACUUUACAAUCAUUAGUGAAUGUGUUUACUUACAUCAACUAAUAAUGAACAAUACUGAAAUAGAGCAUUUAUUAAUCACAGUUCAGCAUUUACUAAUGCAUUAUUGACAUAAUAAUUAACAUUAAUUAAUGCACCGUGAGGUAACACCAACACAUGUAUUUUCAUUAAGAUGAACAAAUACUGUAAUUAAUGUAUUGUUGAUUGUUUGCUCAUGUUAGUAAAUGCAUUAACUAAUAUAACCUUAUUGUAAAGUGUGACCAAAAUAUGUGUACUUACCAGUUAUCAUCAUUAGAUUACAAACAUUUGAGUUGUUUUUAAUUUCUUCUGUUGAACACAAAAAUAGAUAUUUUGAAGAAUGUUGUAACGUCUGACUUCCAUCGUAGGAAAAUACAAACAAACACAAUGGAAGUCAGUGGUUACUGAGUUCUGGUAUUAUUUCAGAGUAUGCUUUUUUGUGUUUAAUAGAAGAGAGAAAUGCUUCAGAAGUCAAAAACCUUUAUAAAUGAUGACUGAGUUUUAAUUUUGGGUGAACUGUCUCUUUAAAACAGUGUUGAAUUAUCUGACUUGAAGACAGUUAACGGUUAUUAUACAGAAUUUAUUUGCAUUCAUCAGAUAUUGUAUUAAAAAACAUUUUAUUUUGGUUUAUUAAUGCUUUUUCAGUUUCUGAAGGAAAUAUACACUUCUAAAAUGCUAA